CAAUCCGCUUCCCCAUGGAGGUCCGGGGGUUGCGUCACACCUCCCAAUCCGCUUCCACAAAACGCAACUCACAGUCCAUGGAUUUCAAAGCCAAGCUCUCAAUCUGAUAAUCAGCGACCCCUGCGUAUUUUAGCUACAACCACAAGCCUUUCAAAAAACCUCUCUCCCUCCCUGCUACCACCUGGAAGGAAAAUGUGGGGAACUGCGGAAGGCGCCCCUCCGGAGGUGACUCUAGAGACUUCCAUGGGCCCUCUCACCGUCGAGAUGUACUACAAACAUGCCCCGAAAACCUGCAGAAAUUUCGUCGAGCUCUCCCGCCGGGGCUAUUACGACAACGUAAUAUUCCACCGGAUUAUCAAGGAUUUCAUUGUGCAAGGAGGAGAUCCAACAGGGACGGGAAGGGGCGGAGAAUCGAUUUACGGUUCAAAGUUUGAAGAUGAGAUAAGACCUGAAUUAAAGCAUACUGGCGCCGGUAUUCUAUCCAUGGCAAAUGCUGGUCCUAACACAAACGGAAGUCAGUUCUUUAUUACUCUGGCACCAGCUCAGUCACUGGAUGUUAUAGCAUAUUUGCUGGAGGCAACCCUGUUUCGUGGAAAAGAAAGAGUCAGUCGUUUCCUGGUCGUCUGCUGAAGUAGAGUAUUAGUCCAUGGCACAUGUUGCUAAUGAGGAUAAAGCAGCUGAAAAAUGUAAGCGCCAACACACGCAACCGCUUUGAAGCUGGAUCCUUAAUGCUGCUGUCUCUACUUACGGCGGAAAAGACUUUGUAUUCAGUCCAGGUUGUAGCCGAGCUGAAGGAGCUCUCACAAGUAGAAUUUGAGUACCAUGGAGAAAAGUUAGCUGGAUAAACAAGACAGGUAUCGCCCACUCGGCAAUGCUACCUUGGGGAGGAGACAAAACAUGAAACAUAUAGAUGUUGAUUGUCAUUUCGUUCAUGAGAAGAUUGUGCUUGUGUUUAUUCAUAUUCAUAUCUGAACCAAUGAUCAGCUCACGGAUCUUCUUACCAACACUAUCCAUCUUUCUGAACUUCAAGAUAUUGUGUGCAAGCUGGGCAUGCAUAACAUCUUUGCUCCAGCUUGAGUGGGAGUUUAAGAGAGGAUGCUUUAAUGUAUGGUGUGCGCGCAUAUAUUUUGGUGCUCGCUCAAGAAACCAUGUUCCUUAUGUAAUUAUGGUUAAUAAUAGUUCAAGUGACGGUGGAGUGAAAUUGAUGACACAACACUUUUCUCCAAA